GAAAAGAAAACACUAGCUGCAGAUGCGCUACUAAUAAUGACUUGUGGCUGUGUGGUAAGACAUGGGAGGAGCUUCAGAAGAAUCAACUUUUUCAGAUUUUGAGGCGUGCGCUGUGUUGAUUCUUCUCCAAAAUUGAGAGUGAAGGUGAAUCUGAACGUCCUCUCCGCAUAAUGGUGCUUUCCAGAACCAGCAAUGAAUUUUACGAAGCUUUCUGGUGAUUAGGGCUUUAAAUGUUCAGCAAUUUAUGUGAGGGAGAAUGGAUUAUGCGUGCGCGCGCUCCCAUCAGCAUGACAAGAAUCGCGUUGAGAGCGCGCGCGUCAGACAAAUGACAAUGUUGGUCAUGUUGUUUUUUGUUGCGCUUCUUCCAUAUGCGCUCACAGCACACUUGGCUGUCAUAAACCCCCAGGACCCAGUGCUUCACAUCGGGUCGAGCUUGACUGCGGUGUGCACCAUUGGUGCCGAGCUGGAAAUAACAGCUAGAUCCUUGUACUGGACGCUGAAUGGAAGACGCUUGGCUAGAAACACUUAUAGGGUCCUGAGCCCGACCGAAUCCAGCGUCACACUCCAUCAACUCAAUGGCUCCUUACAGCGGUCAGGAGACAAUCUGGUUUGUCACAGAAGUAAUGGAGAAGUGUUGGCAGGAUCGUGUCUUUAUGUCGGCUUGCCCCCUGAGGAACCUCUCAACCUGACAUGUUGGUCACGAAACACCAAGGAUCUCAGCUGCAGAUGGAGUCCGGGUGGUCAAGGAGAGACGUUCAUCAACACUAAAUAUAUCCUCAAGUACAAACUAAAAUGGUACGGUAAAGAGAAAGACUGUGAGGACUACACGGGACAGCCGUAUACAUGCUACGUUCCUCGAGACCUUGCCAUUUUUACACCAUAUGAAGUCUGGGUGGAGGCGUCCAAUCAGCUCGGCUCUUCCACUUCUGAUGUCAUCACUUUAGACAUUUUAGAUGUAGUAACCACAGAUCCGCCUCCUGAUGUCCUUGUGAGCCGCGUUGGAGAUCUGGAAGAUCAGUUAAGUGUACGUUGGGGCAGUCCUCCCGCCCUGAAAGACUACCUGUUUCAGGCCAAGUACCAGAUACGAUACCGUGUGGAGGACAGCGAUGAAUGGAAGGUCAUAGAUGAUGCUGGGAACCAGACGUCUUGUCGGUUAGCGGGUCUCAGGGCCGGUACAGUGUAUUUCGUCCAGGUACGCUGCAACCCGAUAGGCGUCUACGGCUCGAAGAAAGCAGGUAUUUGGAGCGACUGGAGCCACUCGACUGCCGCAUCGACACCUGGCAUCGACAGGUCACAUAUUGGCUCAUGCGAUUCAAAACCAAGCGAGCACAACUCAACGCUACGAAAGGAGCUCAAGCAGUUUUUCGGCUGGAUGCGCAAACACUCAUACGGCUGUACGGACGUCAGCAUCAAACUCUACGACCAAUGGCGCGUCUGGCUACAGAAAGCCCAGAAAACACACGACCAGGUACUACAAAGUGGUAAAUCAUAGUGAAACUCUAAAGAAGAGCUUGGGAGAGUUUGCGGGGGCCUGGGACGACAAGGCUUUUAUCACUCUCCAGUGCUUGGGACUCUCAUUUGGAUGAGCCAAGACUCUCCGAAGGAAUCCGCAAGGAGCCUGUCAUUUGGCGACAUGAUCUACUGUUUGCCUCCUGCUGUAGUCUCCAUCAGAUA